AUGAGUUGGAGCUUUCUCACUCGUCUUCUGGAAGAGAUCCACAACCACUCCACCUUUGUGGGCAAAGUCUGGCUGACAGUGCUCAUUAUCUUCCGCAUUGUUCUUACAGCCGUCGGAGGGGAGUCCAUCUACUCAGACGAGCAAACCAAGUUCACAUGCAACACAAAGCAGCCGGGUUGUGACAAUGUGUGCUAUGAUGCCUUUGCACCCCUAUCGCAUGUGCGCUUCUGGGUCUUCCAGAUUAUAAUGAUCUCCACACCCUCCAUUAUGUACAUGGGCUAUGCAAUCCAUAAGAUUGCCCGCUCCUCAGAGCAUGAGCGGCGGAAGAACCACAGGAUCCGCAAAAAGCCACCUGCUUCCUCGAGAUGGAGGGGAAGCCACCAUCUGGAGGACGUCUUGGAGGGAGAGGAUGACGACGCUGAGCCAAUGAUCUACGAAGACACAAUGGAGGGUCCAGAGACCAAAGCCGAGCCGGUGAGCGGUAAUUGCAAAGACCAGUCAAAGCACGAUGGUCGCCGAAGAAUCCUGCAAGAGGGGCUGAUGCGGAUAUAUGUUCUCCAGCUGAUGUCGCGAGCCAUCUUUGAGAUCGCCUUCCUUGCCGGACAGUACCUUCUGUAUGGCUUUCAAGUUAGUCCUUCCUUUGUGUGCAACAGAGUGCCCUGUCCUCACCGAGUGGACUGUUUCAUCUCCAGGCCCACCGAAAAAACGAUCUUCCUUCUCAUCAUGUAUGUGGUAAGCUGCCUCUGCCUCAUCUUGAACGUGUGUGAGAUGCUUCACCUGGGAAUCGGUACUUUUCGAGACACGUUGCGCCUCAGGAGAAACCGUGGUCGUCGCGGUUUUGGCUACCCGUUCUCUCGCAAUAUUCCAGCCUCUCCGCCUGGGUACAACCUGGUGAUGAAGACGGAUAAACCAAGCAGGAUGCCCAACAGCCUCAUCACCACUCACGAGCAGAACAUGGCCAAUGUGGCUCAGGAACAGCAGUGCACCAGCCCGGACGAGAACAUCCCUUCUGACCUUGCAAGCCUUCACCGCCACUUGCGGGUUGCCCAGGAGCAAUUAGACAUGGCCUUUCAGACGUACCAAACGAAAAACCACCAACAGGCCUCAGGACCCAGUAGUCCUGUGUCCGGAACGACAAUGGCUGAGCAAAACCGAGUAAACACGGUACAGGAGAAGCAAGGCGCCAGGCCCAAGUUGGCCGGAGAGAAGGCUGCCACAAUUGUAAAAAACGGAAAAACUUCUGUUUGGAUCUAG